CACUGCCGAGCACGUCACGCUCGGCAGCCAGCGCACAGAGCAGAGAGCUCAAGCCUACCGGAGCGGUUUGAAGAUGGCAGAACGACAGCAGAAACACGAAGGCGGCCGAGUGAAGAUCGGACAUUAUCUUCUCGGAGACACUCUAGGCGUCGGCACCUUCGGCAAAGUAAAGAUUGGAGAGCACCAGUUGACAGGUCAUAAGGUGGCAGUGAAGAUCCUGAACAGACAGAAAAUCAGGAGUCUGGACGUGGUGGGCAAGAUCAAACGAGAAAUACAGAACCUCAAACUAUUCAGGCACCCUCAUAUCAUCAAACUGUACCAGGUGAUCAGUACUCCUACAGAUUUCUUCAUGGUGAUGGAGUAUGUCUCAGGAGGAGAGCUGUUUGACUACAUCUGCAAACACGGACGGGUAGAAGACAAAGAGGCUCGUCGGUUGUUCCAACAGAUCAUCUCAGGGGUAGACUACUGCCACAGACACAUGGUGGUGCACAGAGACCUCAAACCUGAGAAUGUUCUGCUGGACCAUUCCAAGAACGCCAAGAUAGCUGACUUUGGGUUGUCAAACAUGAUGUCAGAUGGGGAGUUCCUGAGGACCAGCUGCGGAUCUCCCAACUACGCUGCUCCUGAAGUCAUCUCUGGAAGGUUAUAUGCUGGCCCUGAAGUGGAUAUAUGGAGCUGUGGUGUGAUCCUGUAUGCGUUGCUGUGUGGGACUCUACCCUUUGAGGAUGAACAUGUUCCCACGCUGUUUAAGAAGAUCAGAGGGGGCGUGUUCUAUAUGCCAGAAUACCUCACUCGCCCCGUCGCCUCCCUGCUGCUGCUCAUGCUGCAGGUCGACCCAUUGAAGAGAGCCACCAUUAAAGACAUUAGGGAACAUGAGUGGUUUAAGCAGGACCUGCCAGGCUACCUGUUUCCUGAGGACCUGUCUUAUGACUCCACGGUUCUGGACGAGGAGGCCAUCAGGGAGGUGUGCGACAAGUUUGAGAGCACCGAGUCUGAGGUGAUGUCCAGCCUGUACAGCGGAGACCCCCAGGACCAGCUGGCGGUAGCAUACCAUCUGAUUAUAGAUAACCUUCGUAUCAUGACUCAGGCCAGUGAGUUCUACCUGGCCUCCAGCCCUCCCCAGGGCUCCUUCAUGGAGGAUGGCAUGCCCCUGCCUCCCAGGGUCAAACCACACCCAGAGAGGAUGCCCCCCCUGCUGAUAGACAGCCCUAAGGCACGCUGCCCGCUGGAUGCCCUCAACACCACUAGAGCCAAACCCCUGGCAGUGAAGAAAGCCAAGUGGCACCUGGGCAUCAGGAGUCAGAGCAGACCCUAUGACAUCAUGGCUGAGGUCUACAGGGCUAUGAGACAGCUACAGUAUGACUGGAAGAACCCAGUAACAGGCAACCUGGUGAAGAUGAGUCUCCAGCUGUACCAGGUGGACAACAGAUCCUACCUGCUGGACUUCAAGAGCAUCGAUGAUGACAUCAUGGAGGCAGUAGGGUUUAAGUCAGGUUCUUCCACCCCUCAGAGGUCAGGCUCCACUGCAGGGCUCCAUAGACCCAGACUCAGUGUGGACUCAGCCUUACCUGCUGUGGAUCUCCCCCAGCUCAGCUCCUCCCUGCCUGUGUCGCUGUGCUCCAGCGCUGCCCUCAUCACCUCCACCCCGCGCCAGGGCAGCCACACCAUGGACUUCUUUGAGAUGUGUGCCAGUCUCAUCACCACACUGGCCCGCUAGAGAAGGUUAACUCCGCUGGAUAACGUGAAGUCAGGAAAACUCCAGGUUGUCCAGACAGAUUCUACAAGCCUCCGUCAUCUGAGUGAUUGCCAUGGCGAUGACAGACGUACCAGCUUGCCGUUCUUCCCGUGUUCACCAGCUGCUCAUAGGAGAGAGAAGAUCCAGGCGUCAUCAAUGCCUUAAUAACUGAUCAACGGUUCUGCUCAGUGGUGACUAUUGGAGCUGUAAAGUAAAGCAACUUUCUCACCUGUAGGUAGUUUGUAGUCUACUAAGUGUCACUGAUUAUGUCUGCAUACAGGUCAGGAGGAGGAAGAACCACCAUAUCUGUUUCCUCUUUACACCUACAGAGAAACACACAGAUGCCUGUGACACACCCACUCAGUGACAGCUCAAUAACAUUCACAACCCAAGACAAGAAAACCUGUCUGAUAAAUUACACAAUGUGGCAUUUAUUUCUAUCCAAUUUACAGGUACACUGUCUCUUGUCCUUAAGUCCAUAGGGCCUGGAAAUUAAACAAUGUUUUACAUGUAUUUUCCCACUGUCAACUGAGUGUGAGAUUCAAAGGUAGAAAGUUCAUUCCUUUCAUUGAACUCGUGAAUUCCAACAACAUUCUUUCAACGAUUAUGAGCUGGUUUCCUGGACCCAGCUUUCUUAUUGAGUCAAUUAGACCAUGCCAACUUCAAGCUCAUCUUUCUAAAACAGUAAAAGGUUAUUUCAGAAUAUUUAGGAAAGUUAGCUGACUAACCCCUCGGGACUAUUAAAUGUAGUAUUUUAAAAUAAUCCUGCAGAAAAAGAAAAUGUGAAUUAUAAUUCAUGGAGAUUUUUGUACUGGUUGAAUUUUUAAAUCAAGUCAAAUAAUGUCAAUGUGGAAGUUAAACUUGAGAAGCCUUUUUUUUUGCAUUACAGGAGUUCUCCUGCAACAGGGUGAUCAAAUGAAGAUCCUACAUCUUUAUUAAAGAAAGGCAUGCACAAUGGAUCAUUUGUGUCUAGGUAACCAGCCCAAGGACAAUACCUAAUAUGUGGAAUGUGUAGGACACAGAAUCCACCCAUAGCGCGUUACGGUUCUUCAGGUCUUAGAGGGAGACAGAGCUGGUCGAGUAACUAGAGAAGAGAAAAAAACAAACAAGAGAAGAGCAGCUGCUGAAGAAAAUGUAGCCCAUUUCAGAAGAACAGAAUAGCACACUGAGUUGUCCUUAUGUUAGGCCCUGAUCUGGCUAUUCCAUAUGGCUGUGGGCUUCAUUAGUUAAUGUAGCAGACAAUAUUCGCUUAGAAUUCCAUGGCAUUAUUUUAUAGUAUGAAUAAUACAGUUGAACAUAGCUGAAUAAGAUGAUUUGAGGGAGUGCACACAUGAAAGUAUUCUGUGUUGAGCAGUUAAAGAAACAGGUCCUUCUAUAUGCUUCAUUGAGUUAUGUAACAUCAGUUGUGAAAGAAAUGUUGGGCUACAUGUUGAUUUUUAAUACAUUCUACGGCUGCAUAAUGAGACUAAUGACUUGGAAAAAGUUGCAUGAAAGGCAUGAGCUCUGCUUUGUUUGUUGCGCAAGCUAUACACAAUUUCUCAGCUGCAUCCCCUUUCUGUGGCCGUAAUGCCUCCCCCCAAAAAAACAUCCAUGCCUUUUGCGGCAGUUGUGCCCUUGAAUAUAAUCAUUAUAAUUCCCUUCUCCCGGCUGCAUGCUGAAGCACCGCUCACUCACAUGGCUCUCAGUUAUGUGAUUGGAUCUCAUAGGCUACAAGUGAAGACAGACACAUCAGGGACUCAACUGCUCGCAUCCUUAUCCAAUUCCGAGGUGCAUAUUGAAGAUAUUUGAAGAACUGUCCACAUUUACUUUGUCAGCCAACACAAUAAGUGGGCCUAACAAACAGCAAAAGCACUAGCCUAUGUCAAUCUACAAUCCCUCAUAGUACAAAAGUUGACCAAUUUAUUCUGUGUGAGAAAUAAAUAUUCCAAACAUCGCCUGGGACAGUUGUGGAAUAUGAUAGAGCCCAAAUUAAUACAACCACUAGCAUCAAAAAAACAUUUAAGCAAUGAGCCUGAUGCAACAGGUGAGAACGUUUAGCUUCAAAUUUUGAUAAACUAUUUGACUAUUUCUUUACAUAAGUGUAGCAGUGCGCACAUGGCAGUAGGCUACUGUAUAAGCAUGAAUGUUCCAUUAGCAGAAACUCAAGUGAGCAUACUCAAAAGUGAUGACAAAUGUGAUUAUGCAUGUAUUGGUUAUAUUAUAAAGGUGCAUUAUGGUGAAAAUGAUCUUCCCUAAACUUAACUCACUGCGUAUGCAUCAUAGGCUCCUCACCCGUUGUAAAGUGGAUUAAUGUGCUUCUUUUUAAAGAUGUUACUUGGCCACUUCAGUUGUGAUAGAAACCUUAUCAAAACAUAUAGGCCUAUGGGCUAGGCUACAUGAGGUGUGAGACUAUGAUUUGAAAAAGUCAAAAAGAAAAGAAUGCGCUGUUCACCUUAAGCUGGGCAUCAUUCACAAGUGGUAAUGUAUAAUAUUGUCACCCAUCACACUAUUCUUUAUUUUAUCUUGUCAUAUACGUGUGAAAUUAGUUUUGAUUUAGAAUGACCAUUAUCAUGCACCUGUCUCAAAACGGUGGCAGCAAAAAAAAGUAUUCUAUGCACUUAAAUAGCAAAUGUAGGACAUGUUUCCAGUGGUUCAUUUUCAUGCCAGCCAGGUAGGCUAUACUCCUGUUGUAAAGAGAACCAAUGUGUAUAAUAUUAGGAAAGUUAAGAAAUAAAUAAUAGGCCUAGCCUAUAGAAAGCU